AUGGGCUCCCGUCAUGAGAUAAACUCUAGUGCAGUGCGCAAACGCAUUGAAAAUCAUGACUUCAAUGAUGAAGGAGGAGAGGAGUAUGAGGCCUCCAGCUUUGGCGGGUUCGGGGACUACAUGCGCCGGAAAAAAAUGAAAUUGCAGAAUCUUGAUGCGGAAAUUCGAGCAUCAGCUGGCGAUUGCCCGCCAAUAUUCCGUGGUGUAGUUGCCCAUGUCAAUGGGUACACCCAACCUUCCUUGCAAGAUCUGCACCGUCUGAUUGUCAGCCAUGGGGGUGGAUUCCUUCAAUAUCUAGAUGGAAAGACUGCCGCAACUCAUAUCAUCGCCAGUGCUCUGACACCCAAGAAGCGUGAGGAGUUCCGCCGCUACCGUAUAGUGAAACCUACCUGGGUGACAGACAGUAUCAAAGCGGGACGUCUGCUGCCAUGGGAUGAAUUUAGAAUAGUAGAUGAAGGUCAUGCACAGCGGGUGCUCAAGUUUGAUGAUGGCCGGUUUACCAGCCAGACGAAUAGCCUUCGCACAGGUUACAAAGACCAAUCAAGGGCCAACUGGUAUAGCUCUCAGCUCCGAGAUAUGAGCAAAACCGAACAGGGUCUUGGCUCUUCAUCAAAGCCUGUAACUCCAUCUACCCGGUCCAAAGCCGCACAGACGGUCACACCAACCAUGCUGAGCCAGCCAUCCCAGUCGGACUAUGGAGACUUCCCUAGCUUCACUAUGGAGAAAGAGCAGCAAGAUCAUGGCCCUCAACAUCAAGAAGAGACAUCAGCCCGCGAUGUAGCCCAAUCCACAAUGCCACAUCAAGCUCUCAAUCCCGAUCAUGUGCCCACCUCACUAGAUCCAUUGGUUGACCUCGAAUCAACCUCGCCUCUCGCCCAAACAAGUAUAACAAAACCCGCUUUGACUUCUGAAGAAUACAACGCACAGCUCCUUUCCGACCCAAGGAUGCAGAAGUCCUCUGUUGUCAACCCGGAAUUCCUACAGCAGUAUUAUAGAGAGUCUCGCCUCCAUCAUCUGUCAACCUGGAAGGCAGAUCUGAAAGCCCAACUGCAGGCUGCAACGAAGGAAAAUGCACAGUCUCAGAUACCGAAAAAGAAACCUGUACCUGGAUCAAGAAGGUACAUUCUACAUGUGGACUUUGACUCAUUUUUUGCAGCUGUCUCAGUCCUAAAUCACCCCGAACUCCAAGACAAGCCGGUUGCUAUCGCCCAUGGCACUGGGUCAGGCUCCGAGAUUGCUAGUUGUAAUUAUCCUGCACGUGCUCGAGGUGUUAAGAAUGGGAUGUGGAUGAAAGGUGCUUUGCAAUUAUGCCCCGAACUCAAAGUCUUGCCUUAUGAUUUCCCUGCCUAUGAAGAUGCGAGUCGCAAGUUCUACUCCUCGAUACUUGCCAUUGAUGGUACCGUGCAGAGUGUCAGUAUCGAUGAGGCUUUGAUUGACGUCACAAAUCUAUGUGUGGAAGCUGGCGGCUCAGAUGGAAAGGCUAUAUCAGAAGGAUCAAUUUAUCGUGAGCAAGCUAAAGCGGACGAAAUUGCCCAAGGCUUACGCGAUUCAAUCAAAGAGAGGACCGGAUGCGCAGUCUCUGUCGGAAUUGGCAACAAUGUUCUGCUCGCAAAAGUGUCUCUCAGAAAAGCCAAGCCUGCUGGGCAGUUCCAAUUGAAGCCAGAUGCUGUUCUGGGCUUUAUUGGAGAUCUCGCUGUUCGUGAUCUCCCUGGAGUGGGGAAUAGCAUGGCAAUUAAACUCGAAGAGCUGAGUGUGAAGUUUGUCAAAGAUAUUCGAGAUCUCCCGAAGGAGAGACUGAUAUCUGGCCUGGGACCCAAAACUGGAAUUAAAUUAUGGGAGUAUGCUCGUGGAAUCGACCGAACAGAAGUCGGCGAUCAAACCAUAAGGAAAUCUGUUUCGGCCGAGGUCAACUGGGGGAUUCGGUUUGUCAAUCAGGACCAAGCAGAUGACUUUGUGCGUUCUCUGUGCGAGGAGCUGAAUCGAAGAUUGGUAGAAAAUCUGGUGAAGGGGAAACAGCUCACCCUAAAGGUCAUGCGUCGAUCGAUGGACGCUCCACUGGAACCGGUUAAGCAUCUCGGCCAUGGAAAGUGUGAUACAUUCAACAAAAGCGUCGCCCUUGGUGUUGCGACCAAUGUACCGGAAGUCAUUGGGAAAGAAGCAAUAUCGAUGUUGAGAAGCUUCAACUUUUCACCUGGAGACUUGAGAGGUCUGGGUGUGCAAAUGACUAAACUUGAACCGAUCAAGUCUGGCCCUUCAGGCUCCGAGAGCAGCCAGCGACAACUCAACUUCCAGAAAUCCCCACCUCGCAAGAAAAUCAUUCCAGAUGCAGACCCCGACGAGCUGGAGAGUCCGCAGAAAGAUGACUCUGUUCGUAUUCAAGCGGAUCCAGUACUCAGCGAUAGUGCCCACAAGCCACUCAACAUCUCGGGGACCCAGUUUAUUAUGCCCACUCAAACAGAUCCCAAAGUCCUUGCUGAACUACCCAGAGACAUCAGGUCAAGGCUUGUUGCACAAGCAAAGCCGCGACAUAAUUCUCGUUCUGGGUCUCCUUGUCCUCUCCCGCGUGAGUCACGGCAGCCUAUCCAAGCAGACCUCCCUCCGCAGUCCCAGCUGGACCCAGACGCAUUGGCGGCAUUGCCUGAAGAUGUUCGUCAAGAAGUAUUAGCUGAGAAGGCCGGUCUCACCCCCAGAAAGAGGCGUGGCCGCCCACCCAAGUCAGCAACGAUCGCCAACAAGCCUAAGCCCAAGCCUCUGAACCAAUCCAGCUUUGGGUUCGUUUUUCCACGCCCAGCAGCCGUAUCUGCUAGUAUUGAAGAAGAGGCCUUGUCUAGACAGGCGUCACCGAAUAUCGAAGAGCCAGCCGAACCUUCAGCCGAAUUUCUUGCUGCUUUACCUGAAGAUAUCAGACAAGAGCUUCUCGAAGAACAAAACCGUUUUCGCAUGCAACAACGUCCGCGAGCCACUGAACCUGCACAAGGACCUCCAUCCCGGGCACAGGAAGCUCCUCCUGCACCAGUUGCUGUAGAGAAAUUUCUACCUCUGCCCCCUCUCCCCAAGCGUCCUGUCUUUACAUCACAGCGCCUGUCCCAAUUACCAGAUUUGCGAGAUGCUGUUGGCUCAUGGCAUGAAGUCUUUGCAGCUGGUGGUCCAUAUGGUGAUGACGUUACUUCGUUAUGUAAAUAUCUGUCCAGUGUGGCAUUGCAAGAGAAGGACGUGGACAAAGCCGUUUCAGUGGUGCGUUGGCUGAUGUGGUUGGUGGGUGAUCAUUCGCAACAGGGGUCUAAAGAGCUAACAGGGUCCCGGCCUGAGGGAACUAUAAGCUGGGAAGAGGCUAUAGAGACCAUGCAGUACAGUGUCCAGGUGGCCCUGGAACAGAGGGGGCUCCCUCCUGUGGACUUUUCAUGA